GGAGUCUUCAAUGAGAGGGCGCGAAAGCAAUGGAGAGCAAAAGGUUCCUGGGGGCUCCAUUCGGGAAACAGUCUUCAAGGUUUGAUGUUUCAGUAGUGCACCCAUCCACAAAUAAGACAGGAUCCUUCUCUGAAUUCAGCCACUACAAGAAGCUGAUAAACAAACAGAAACCAGCAGUGGGACCAGGGUCUUAUGGUAAGGGAGGCAUCCCUUCUGCCCUGCUUGAUGAGAAGAGGAGGAUGCCAGUUGGAACUUGUCCAACCAUUGACUUUAGUGCUGGGGUUGAGCGCUUUCCAGAGCGCUUAGUGGAUUCUGGCUUGUAUCCUGGAACUUAUAACUUUAAGAGUUUUACUGAGCUCAUCCUAAACCGUCAUGUCAGUAAACGAGGACCUUAUGACCUGUUCAGCGCACGACGGGAAAAUCCGAUCAUCUGUGGAUAUUUUUCUUCCCCGAAAAAUGCCCAUAUGAAUCCAGGGACCUUUUAUGAGCCUGCGAAGUCCAUUUGCGACGACCUCCAGAGGCCAGAAAAUAAACUCAAGGGCAAAUUCAAGAUUACAGAUCAGUAUCCCGAGCAAGCUAGAGAAAAGCAUUCUGGUCCUGGCUUGUAUGAGCCGUUUCGUUUACCUAAAGUGGAGAACCGCAACCCUCCCCCAUUCCUGUCCUCCACCCCUCGCAUCACCAAAAGGGUUGAGAGGCUGAUGCAGGGCAACUAUACCACGGUUGGUGUUGGGUGUUACAACCUGGCUAAGAGGCAACCCCCAAGGAGUCAGAGGUCCUCCAACUUCGGCUACCGCUACAUCUUCAAGUCUCGCACCCCCAGAUACCUGCAGAACCUGGAUCAGGACAACUACAACCAGGAGAAGCUGCAGCCCAGGAACAUCCCCCCACAUUGCAGGGUUUACUUCAGGCCACCAGAUCAGACUGUGAAGACCACAGUGUCAGACUCCCUAGAAGUAAGACGGCUUUAGCCCCUCUGCUCAACCUUUAGCACAACCUUUUGUUCAUGCUGGUCCCCUCCUUUCUCCAGUGGGAUGACUAAAGCAUGAGGAUUUUAAGGAAAUAAAUCAUAUUGAAGGACAUGUGAGCAAAUGGAAACUGACAUGUUGUGUUUUCAACAGCCAGUGGAUGGCAGCAAAACUUUAGGACCGAUUCUUGUGAACAGUAAUAAUGAUGUAUUUCAUGCCAAGUAUUUCACGAGGAAUACUGUAAGUUGAUCAGUUCAAAUGCAAAUGUUAAAACAUUUCUGAGAGCAGACCCACUGACUUGAUCAGAGAUAAAUAUGUUGGA